GGAGGGGUAGUGGAGAGAGAGGGAACGAAAGGGAGGGAGAAAAAGAGAGAGACAGAAAGAGACUGACUGUAUCUGGGGAUUCUGGCAAGGUGAAGAGCUGGUCUGUUUGGCAGGACCUUCCCAUCUGGGAUCCAUCUGUGUUUCCCUGGAAUGGGACAGGCAGCUCUAGUCAGUGAGAAAUCGCAGAUGUGAGAGAGCUGACACAUGUCCAGCUAAUGAAAGAAGGAGGAAGGCUGGUCUCAGAUUGAGCUUUGAAGAUUAGGAGGAGAAAAAGAAGUGCUUUUUAAUAUCUAUUUCAAAUAAAUUUUGGUAUAUUGAGAAUCUGGAUUGUUAUAAUUUGGUCAUUUGGGUUGGUUCUGAGAAAAGAGUACCAGCAAUGCCUGGAUCACCUGUGGAAGUGAAGAUACAGUCAAGAUCCUCACCUCCCACCAUGCCACCUCUCCCACCCAUAAAUCCUGGAGGACCGAGGCCAGUGUCAUUUACUCCAACAGCAUUAAGCAAUGGAAUCAACCAUUCUCCUCCUACCCUGAAUGGUGCCCCAUCACCACCACAAAGGUUCAGCAAUGGUCCUGCUUCUUCCACAUCAUCUGCGCUAACAAAUCAGCAAUUGCCAGCCACUUGUGGUGCUCGGCAGCUCAGCAAAUUGAAGCGCUUUCUGACCACUCUCCAACAGUUUGGCAAUGACAUCUCACCUGAGAUUGGGGAAAAAGUGCGGACUCUUGUUCUGGCGCUAGUGAACUCCACAGUGACAAUUGAAGAAUUCCAUUGUAAGCUUCAAGAGGCCACAAACUUUCCUCUUCGUCCUUUUGUGAUUCCAUUCCUCAAGGCCAACCUGCCCCUGCUGCAGCGAGAACUGCUGCACUGUGCUCGGGCUGCCAAGCAAACCCCAUCUCAGUACCUGGCUCAGCACGAACACCUUCUGCUCAACACAAGUAUAGCAUCACCUGCUGACUCUUCCGAGCUGCUCAUGGAGGUGCAUGGAAACGGGAAGAGGCCCAGUCCCGAGAGGAGAGAAGAGAAUAGUUUUGAAAGAGAUACUAUUCCUCCUGAGCCUCCUGCCAAGAGAGUUUGUACCAUCAGCCCUGCUCCCAGACACAGUCCUGCUCUCACUGUGCCCCUCAUGAAUCCUGGAGGCCAAUUCCAUCCCACUCCUCCACCUCUUCAGCACUACACCUUAGAAGAUAUUGCGACCUCCCACCUGUAUCGCGAACCUAACAAGAUGCUAGAACAUCGAGAAGUUCGUGAGAGACAUCACAACCUUAGUCUAAAUGGAGGCUAUCAAGAUGAGUUAGUAGAUCAUCGUUUGACAGAAAGGGAAUGGGCUGAUGAAUGGAAACAUCUUGAUCAUGCCCUGAAUUGCAUUAUGGAAAUGGUAGAGAAAACGAGACGUUCCAUGGCAGUUCUACGCCGCUGUCAAGAAUCUGAUCGUGAAGAACUCAACUACUGGAAAAGGCGAUAUAAUGAAAAUUCGGAGAUGAGAAAAACAGGAAGCGAGUUGGUCUCCAGGCAGCAUAGCCCUGGGAGCGCAGACUCUCUCAGCAAUGAUUCACAGCGGGAAUUUAAUAGUAGGCCGGGAACAGGAUAUGUACCUGUGGAGUUUUGGAAAAAAACUGAAGAAGCUGUGAAUAAGGUGAAAAUCCAGGCCAUGUCAGAAGUUCAGAAAGCUGUGGCUGAGGCAGAACAGAAAGCCUUUGAAGUGAUUGCCACAGAAAGAGCACGAAUGGAGCAGACCAUCGCGGAUGUCAAACGGCAGGCUGCUGAGGAUGCCUUCCUGGUCAUCAACGAGCAAGAGGAGUCAACGGAGAACUGCUGGAACUGUGGCCGCAAAGCCAGCGAGACGUGCAGUGGCUGCAACAUUGCGCGGUACUGUGGCUCUUUCUGUCAGCACAAGGACUGGGAGCGACACCAUCGCCUCUGUGGUCAGAACCUGCAUGGCCAGAGUCCACACAGCCAGAGCCGGCCACUGCUUCCUGGAGGGAGGGGCUCCUCAGCCAGGUCAGCUGACUGCAGCGUGCCAAGCCCAGCACUGGAUAAGACUUCGGCAACCACCUCACGCUCCUCAACUCCUGCCUCCGUGACAGCCAUCGAUACCAAUGGGCUCUGA